AUGGUUACAGAAAGAACAGCAGGUUAUGUUGAUGGCCAAACUCCGCCGCGUUUUGUUCCGUCAACGCGUUUCACCUUGGCGUUACUCGUUUUCUUCGCUUUUGUUGUCCAAUACUCGCAGCGUGUGAAUUUGCCAAUUGCCAUCGUAUGCAUGGUUAAUCGUACCGUUCCAAGUAAUCAUCGGGUACAACUGGUUGAUACGAAAGGAAAUCUUCCAGACCGUGUAUCGAAUAAUAUUGAUGAUUCAUCAAAAGGAAAACAAUCUGGUAACACCCAGAUGAUAAAUGGCCUUUUCGAGAAAAAACAAUUCUUUUGGAAUGAAGAACAACAACAAGAUCUUCUAGGUGGUUAUUGGGCCGGAUACAUAUUUACACAAUCUCUUAUCUCUUCACCUUUACCAUUAGGUGGUUGGUUAGCAACAGUUCUAGGCGCUAAAUGGGUCUAUGCAACUUCUCUUGGUACCAGCUCAUUAGCUACCAUGGCUUUGACCAUAAUGUAUACCAUGCCAAAUACACAUGUUAUCCUUAUUUUUAUUCUCCGCUUUAUCAUUGGCCUCGCGCAUGGUGUCCUUUUUCCCGCCACAGUUGCCUUAUGGUCCUUAUGGGCAGUACCACAAGAAAGAAGUACGUUGGCAUCGAUCGGAUUCUGUGGUACUCAUCUUGGCACAUCUAUUACCAUGUUAACUGGUGGUUUGCUCUGCCGAUAUUUGAAUUCCGGAUGGAUGUACUUGUUUUCUAUGUCUGCUUUUCUCGGCUUCACUUGGCUCGUUUUGUGGAUUUGGUUAACAGCUGACGCCCCGAAUCACCAUAAAACAAUUAGCGCUCACGAACGUGAUUAUAUAUGCAGUCUCACUGGCAGUACAGGAAAGAAACGAACUAUGUCCUUAGCAUCGAUUCCAUGGAAAAAUAUCGUUACGUCAAAACCUCUCAUGGCUUUAAUGGUAACGCACAUAGCUAAUCUAUUCGGUUUAUUUUUCUUCCUGACCAAUUUCGGUAAAAUUCUCACUCAACUUUUGGGACUGCCAGCACAGCUCGCUGGUUAUAUCUUAGCAUUUGGCUUCUUUCUAACAUUGUUAAGCAGUUUAACAUCAGGUAUUGCAACCGAUCAUCUCGUUCGCGCGAAAACUCUAAGUUUAACAAGUGCCAGAAAACUGUUCAAUUCUCUAACAUCAUUUCUGCCAGCUCUCUGCAUGUUAUCAUUCUAUUUUUGUGAUCACACACAAAAACUAUUAGGCAUUAUUACUACACUUGUAUUCUUGGCUAGUUCUGGUCUCGGCUAUGGCAGCGGUUACAUCGUUAAUUUCGCAGAUAUUGUUCCAGCUUACUCAGGUGUUAUCUUCGGUAUUGCAAAUACAUUUGCAUCCCUCGCUGGUUUUAUUGGCAACAUAAUUGCCGGCAAAAUUGUUAAACAGCCGGUGUUAGCACAAUGGAGAAUUUUAUAUAUUAUAUUCGGUAGUGUUUAUGUAAUCGGUGGUAUCGUUUAUCUUCUAUUUGGUUCAGCUAUUCCACGAAAAUGGGCUAAGAUGCAAGCGGCUACUACUAUUGCGAAACAAGAUGAAGCAUUGAGCGAAGAAGAAACGGUGCCAAUGAAUGAAACAAUUUAA